CCAUUGAGAAAGCAUAUCGCAGGCCUAAACAAUAUUUGUUCCAAUCUCCUCCGUCGCCCAUCCAGUCCAAGCGAUGAGCACGACGAAGCCCCUCUUCAAACCCUUCCUCUUCCUCCUCACCCUCUCCCUCCUCUUCAUCCUCCCCCUCCUAUUUUCCCGCUCAAACCUCCGCCUCCAACUCCCCCUCUCUUCCACACCCACCCCCUCCCUCCUCAAGAUCCGCCCCGGCUUCCGCUCCUACGACGACUACCUCAAACUCCAGCUCAACAAAACCCUAAACCCUCGACUCCGCCGCCUCUGGGCCACCCGAGACUGGAACCGCAAAAUCUCCGUCUUCUCCCGCUUCUUUCUCAAUCUCCGCCAAUCAGGCUUUCUAUCAAACACCUCCCGUGCCCUCUGCGUGGGCGCCCGUAUGGGCCAGGAAGUCGCCGCGUUACAAACUGUGGGCGUCGUCGACUCGAUCGGAAUAGACCUGGUACCAUCGCCGCCGUUGGUUCUCCAGGGCGACUUCCAUUCCCAGCCAUUCCCCGAUUCUUCCUUCGAUUUCGAGUUCUCCAAUGUGUUCGAUCACGCGCUUUAUCCGCAGCGCUUCGUUGGAGAGAUCGAACGCACGCUUCGCCCGGGAGGCAUCUGCGUCCUCCAUGUCGCCCUCGGCCGCCGCGGCGAUCGCUAUUCCGCUAAUGAUCUUUUUGGUGUGGAGGGGGUCACGGCUCUGUUUAAAGAUUCCGAUCUCGCUCGUGUGCGGAAGGUCGAUGGGUUCGGCCUUGAUACAGAGCUCGUUAUACGGAAGAAGAAGAUGAGAAGCAGGGAUCGGCUUUAAGCUCUACCUCCACCGAAUGAGAAAAUCUCUAGACGCAUUGCAGCAUUCUCUGUUGAAAUGGAGGCCCGUUUCUUUGAGAUGAGAUCGGAGCUAGAGGCCAACAUGGAGGUCAAGGUGAAAGUUGAGUUGGAUUUCUUCCAGUAGAGGAUGAGGGAGUGUGGCAAGACAACGACAACUUUGGAGGAAGAGG